AUGAGCGACGAUGGCCCCUUUGGACCCGUGGUCAAUGGCACCAUGAUUGUCUUUUACGAGUAUCGGCCAAACAAGCCUGCAGCGCUCUCCUUCAUGGCCUUGUUUGCUUUGGCCACGCUCGGGCACCUCGUCUACUUCUUUCGACUCCGGGCUUGGUAUUUCAUCCCGUUUCUGCUGGGAGGCAUUGCCGAAGUAUUUGGAUAUUAUGGACGAUAUAUGGCUUCUGACGAGCCCACAAAAGUUGGACCGUUCAUCAUGCAGAAUCUCCUCAUUCUCGCAGCUGCGCCCAUGCUCGCGGCCACCAUUUACAUGAGCACUGGCCGCAUCAUUUUGGCGCUUGAUGCACGCGAGUUUACCCUGAUCAGUCCUCGGUGGCUCACCAAGCUUUACGUCUUGAUCGACAUUGGUGCCGUCGUAACGCAGCUGAUUGGUUCCAUUCUGCCAGCUUCGGGCAGCGAGAGUGCCAUUGCAUUGAGUCGCAAGAUCAUUCUGGCCGGACUGAUUACACAAUUUUCCGCACUCGCCUUCUUCAUCGUCCAAUGCCUCAUUGUGCAUCGAGGAAUCAAGAAGAACCCAACGAGCGUGGUGCUGGCCAUUACCUCGGUCAAUUGGGAAAUUCACUUUUGGAUGGCCGAGUUGGUCAUUGUGUUGACCAUUGUUCGAAGUGUGGUCCGCGCCAUCGAGUAUUUGCAAGGCGACGGUGGCUUUGUCAUUUCGCACGAGAUAUUCAUCUACGUCUUUGAUGCCGCCAUCAUGUGGUCGGUCAUGAUGAUAUAUCUGAUCAUCCACCCCGGCAGAUUGAUUCGGGACGCUCGGCGGCUGAAGAACCAUGAAUGUACUAGUGGCGAGCAUGUACCGCUGGAUUCGCGGGCUUAG